CAAAAAUAGGCUACAAUUAUCAAGCUCCUCACUCUGGAAUUGGAGUUUUUCUUUGUGUUUAAAUGACAUACUAUGUCACAUGCAUCUGUCAUACUCGACUUCAGACCUUGAAUAUAAGUCCGAAUAUUUUUUGAGUAUUCUGAUUUGCCCAGUCAUCAUGAACUAUAGAAAACAUUUCACAAACCAAUCAAAUUACUAGUUUGUGCUAAACUACAAAAAUAUAUCAAUCGAUCAAACUAUAUGGGCAGACUUACAAAUUGGGCUGUGGAUCAUCAAACGCAAAUCAAUUAAUAGUUCAUUUUAAAAUUUAACAUCAAAACUGUUGUUAAUUUUUUACAGUUUUCAGUGCAGUCUGAUUAAAUUAAUUGCAUUAUUAAGAACUAUUGGGAUGUAUGGUCAGAAGUUAUUUUAUUGUAAUAGUGGAGUGUACAUGACCCAUUUUGUUUUCUACGCCAUUUUCACGAGUGUAAUUUUAACAACCGGAAAUGCAAACGAUUCUUCUACUACUUCUGUGUCUGAGUCAACUGAUAACCUUAGCGACAAAAAUUCUUUAUCAUCCUCAACCUUCACACAAACGGAACCUUCAGCAACGACAUUAAGUACAGAGACUACUGAUGUUACUUCAGUAGCAAGUACCGGUAUUGGUGUUACUGACGAAGCUGGCACCUCUACUCCAGUGGGAUCCGAAGGAACUGAGUAUACUUCAUCAAGUUCUGAUAAUGUUUCAUCUGGAUCCUCUAAUUAUUCAGAAGGAACUGAUAAUACAGAUUCGGCUGUUGCACGACAAACUAACAAAUCUGUGAUUGCCAGUGCGGUUGGGGAGGAGUCUUUGGAUGUAGGAACAACGGAGUCGCAGUCCUCGGUGAGUCAAAUAACCACCUUUCAAGAGAGUGCGACAAGCACCACGGGAAUUGUGUCUUCGAGCAUGGAAAGUGAAGAAGAAAAAUACCAAACUACAGUUACUAUAACAGAUAACCCUAAGAUAGUUACAACUACACCUAUCAUAAAUGGUGUUUCAUCAUUAAAAGUGUUUUACACUUUCCAGUUGUUCAUUCUGUUUGCAUUGCAAAUAGUUUAUUAAAUAGUAUUGGAAUAGAUUAUUUGAUUAGCAUUUAAGUGAAUUAGUAUGUAUCCAAGUUACCCUAUCACAAAGAAUUCUUCAAAUUAUAAAAAAGACAUUCAAUUACUAUUAUUAUUAUUGCUAUUCAUUUCAUCUACUGAAUGAUCUACAACAUUGAAAGAAAAGACAUUUCCAGCUCUUGUGUGUUUUGUUCUUUUUUUCUUGUUUAAACAUUUUUACACUUUUUUUUAAAAAAAAACAACAAAUUGUUGAAUAUUAUAAUAGUUAGUAAAUUGGAUUGAAGUGUACUGUUGUUUUCUCUUCCAUUGUUUGUUUAUAUCAUAUGUAUGGUUCUUGUUAAUUUACUAAACUAUUUAUUUUACAAGAAAAAAAUGUAUGAAUAUAUAAGUUUAGUCCUGUCAUUAUUAAAUAAUUAUAUAUUUCAUUAUUAUUAUUAUUAUUAUUAU